AUGAAUUGCUCCAACGUAAAGUCACGAGCCCCUGUAGAAGAUUUGCCUUUUGAAAUUCUUGGGAAGAUCUUUACCCUCUGCCUUCCAGAUGACCUCUAUAUCGAGCUCAAUCCUCGCAAUGCUCCCCUGCUCCUCCUGCAAAUCUGCCGUUUCUGGAGGGACACUGCAAUAUCUACCGAGCAACUGUGGAGGUCCCUUACUUUCCACGUUGCUGAAGGAGGGCAUGUCAGCUCCUCUUACCAUAAGCUCGCGCAGGGCUGCCUUGCGCGCUCUGGGGCUGGACCGCUCCGUCUGCAAUUUAGGACUACGGGAACCUCCAGGAAGCCAAGUGUCCAGUACACGCCGCUUUACCGUAUUCUCCCAUGUUCGCAGGAGGUGCACAGAUGCGUGUCACUUUGCCUAGUCCUUCCAUUUGAAGAGCUUGAGGAGUUGGAAGGUAUGGCCGCACCGUCCCUCCCGCUUUCUCUACGUGCCCCUUCAGGCUUCGACCCCGCCAACCCUCAAGAGCUCCUUCAGCGUCCGAUGUAUAGGCUAUAUCAAAAACUUACGGAGCUCGUGCUUGACGAUAUCGAUCUUGCAGACCGCUGUCUAGACGUUCUCACGUGGUGCCCCAAUCUACUUUCUUGUACCUUGCGCUUCUCUGAAUCCUCCGACUACGAGGCCAUUGAGAGUGCAGCGCAUAAGAUCAAUCUGCAUGCUCUCCACCACCUCGAAAUCGACAUCAGCUUGGGCUGUGUGGACGACGUCCUCCUGACGCUCACACUUCCUUGCCUGCGCAGCUUAACCCUCACAGUCAACGGCAUGAUCUCGCCCUGGGGGUUGUUGUCCCUGCUGAAACAGUCACAGUGUUCUCUGCGAGAGUUGUCCAUCAAAGGCAUGCGGGCCUUCUUUGACAGCCGGGAUGACCUCAACGAGCUGCUUACGCUCAUGCCCGACCUCACGUAUUUGGAGUUGGAAGGUGAAGCCGAUGAGGAUUGGAUUGGCCUCGAAGCAUUUGAUAUCUUGGAAGGCACAAACAUCGAUGUGCUUGCUUUUGACCCCCCUAAUAAUCGCCGGCCGCUUCCGCUACUAGAGAGCCUUCGGUUCGCAAGUCCCUCACACGACUUACCGGAAGCAGGCGCCAUUCAGGAGAUGCUGCUCUCUCGAGUGCUGCGUUCACCCAAUGAACCGGACCCGGCGUUGCGCUCUGCUCGUAUUGUCGUGCUGAUGGAAGAUACUGUUCACGUGUGGUCGUAUGAGCAGGAGCACGGACAUGUUAUGGAGAGCGAAUACGAGAGGAUGGAGUACCCUGGUUAG